AUGGCUGCCCGUCUUGUGGCGAAGCCUGACGCAGAGAUUGAAGCAGCGCCUGAUACAUCUGCAGCUCAGUCCGCCCCCGGCUCCGCCGCUCACGGCGGCGGCGCUGGCUCUGGCGCGGCAGGUGCCGCGGGAGGUGUCCCUGCGAGCAAGUCUUGGAACCGCGCCAUCAUCCAAACGCGGCUGGAGUCCUUGCCACCGAACUUCUCCACCACUCAGCUGGUUUCGAUCUCAUGCGCGUACGGCGAGGACUCGGGCGCCAGCUUUGUGGCAAGGCGCUUUAAGCUGGGGCCCAGCGACCAAAGUCUCGCCGGCGAGGCCCAGCUAGUCAUGCUGCGGGGCAACAGCAACUCCAUGGAGGUGGAAGAGACCGCGAGCUCUGUGGGCUGCUACCGCUGCGAGCUGCGCUCAGAGCGCCCGGUGCUUCGGCUGGAGCUGCGCUACGACAGCGGCGCUCGGGAGGAGAUGGAGCUCCCGCUGUCCCACGCCUUGGACGGCAGACACUUCUUUCGGCCCGAGGUGCCGAAGCCCAUCGUCCCAGCGGUCUUCGAGCUGAAGCUGGGCGGCGGGGCGCUGUGCACCAUGGAGGGUCAGACGCAGCGGCUCUUCCAACACCGCGUGCCCAGAGCACGAGCAGGAUCCACCUCCAUCCGCGUGAACCUCACCUGGCGAUGGAUCACGAACCACAGCCGCAGCUGCCGGCAGCGCUCGCGCUCCCGCACGAUGCAAGACACAGUGUGCCAUGGCAUAGAAGUUUUCAUAAGAAGGGUCCAGCAAAGCUGGUGCGAGGGCAAAGCGAGAUUGCUGCGCUUCUACUACGACGUGGCGGUUGACAGGCAGAAGCACAUCGUGCAGGGCAUUUACCGGCUCGUAAGCACGCGAGCAGACGACAGCUGCUGCUGCUUUGUAGAGGAUGACACGCUCUUCGGUCCUGACCACAAGAUCAUUUACAGACACUUCGCCACGCUGUACUUCAUCUUCGUGGCGGAUGGCGCGGAGAGCGAGCUGGGCGUGCUGGACCUGAUCCAGGUCUUCGUGCAGGUCCUGGACAACUGCUUCGAGAACGUCUGCGAGUUAGACUUGAUCUACCACUUUGACAGGGUGAAUUACAUCCUGGAUGAGAUCGUCAUGGCGGGCAUGGUCUUGGAAACCAACGCGGAUCUAAUCCUUAAGGCAGUCAAGGAGACAAAGCAACUGGAGCAGGAGGGGUCCACCUUUGGCUUCUGA